CAGGGCCCGCGACCCGGCGCCUGCCUGACCCAAGUCACGUGUCAGCCAAAGAUGGCUGCGUUCAGGCUAGUUGAGCAAAGGUUGGCGUGAACCCCAGCGUGCCGAGGAGGGUUGUGAGCAGAGCAUAAGGCUCAAGAUGAAAAAUCAUGAACCAGAUGAUACUGUCAAGGAAGACUUAAUUUUCAAUAUCAUAACCAGAAAAAUUAACCACCUCCCAGAAGCAGAAAGGAAUCUAUUUGAACAUGGAUCAGUUUAUAUCGGACUUAAUGCUGCUCUCUGUGGUCUAAUAGCAAAUAGUCUUUUUCGACGCAUCUUAAACGUGACACAGGCUCGUAUAGCUGCUGGCUUACCAAUGGCAGUGAUCCCAUUUUUGACUGCGCAUGCAUCUUACAAAGGUUUUGUAAAUCUACCUUUGAAUACAGGUGAUUUGAAUUGUGAAACCUGUACCAUAACACGGGGUGGACUGGUUGGUCUUGUUUUUGGUGGUCUGUACCCUGUUUUCUUGGCUAUACCUGUGAAUGGUGGCCUAGCAGCCAGGUAUGAGUCAGCCCUGCUACCAGAAAAAGGAAACAUCUUAACUUACUGGACUAGAAUUUCUAAGCCUGUCUUUAGAAAGAUGUUAUUUCCCAUUUUGCUCCAGACCAUGUUUGCAGCAUACCUUGGAUCUAGACAAUAUAAAUUAGUUAUAAAGGCUCUUCAGUUACCUGAACCUGGCCUAGAAAUUCAGUGAUUGUUAAACAACUUUGUACACAAAAAUAAAACUGUAAUGUAUGAAUAAAUGUCUAGUGUAUGAAUAAACAUACAUUUGUUAAUUUA